AUACAACAUCAUUGAACUUCAGAAAGGACAACAACACCAAUCCUCACCCAUCCCUAUACUUAUGCCUUUAAGUUACGUACCCAAGCUCAUCACAAAUAAACCUCAUAAACAAAAAUGACCACCUCAACCGAAAUCCCCCUCCCCACCCCCUUCAACGCCAUCCCCCGCUUGGACCUCACCCUGGGUCCCUCCCCGAUCCACCCCCUCCCCCGCAUCAGCGCCGACCUCACCACCGCCUCCAACCCGGUGAGUAUCUACGCCAAACGGGACGACCUCUCCUCGCACCUGGCGUAUGGGGGGAACAAAACCCGCAAACUGGAGUACAUUCUCGCGCCGGCGGUGACGCCUCCCAGUGCCAGCGAUGCCCAAUCGCCCCCACUACCCGUACUAUCCAACAACCACCACCACCCGCGGGCCUCAGAAUGGGAAAAGGCCACCACUUUAAUCUCCAUCGGCGGGCUGCAAUCCAACCACACGCGGCAAGUCGCCGCGUGCGCCGCCCACCUGGGGCUCAAAUGCCGCCUGAUCCAAGAGAACUGGGUCCCGGAUUAUACCGCCCACUCGCCGCAGUACGAUAAAGUGGGGAACCUGCAGCUCUCGCGACUGCUGGGGGCGGAUGUGCGGAUCCAUCUGCCGACGGAAUUCGGGAUUGGGCAUAAGGAGACACUCCGGAACCUGGAGCAGGAGUGUCGGGAGAUGGGGGAGGUGCCGUAUUAUAUCCCGGCGGGGGGCUCGGAUCAUCCGCUGGGAGGGUUGGGGUUUGCGCGGUGGGCGUUUGAGGUCCGGGCGCAGGAGGAGACCCUCGGAAAGAAAUUUGGGACGGUGGUGGUGUGUGCGGUGACGGGGGGCACGUUGGGGGGCAUGGUCGCUGGGUUCAAGUUGUUGAAGAGGUUGUAUCCGGAGGAUGAGCAUGAGCAGAAACGAGCAGUGGUGGGGAUUGAUGCUAGUGCGAAGCCGAAGGAGACGAAGGAGCAGGUGCUGCGCAUUGCGAGGGUGACUGCCGCACAGAUCGGUCUCGCCCCCGAGGAUAUUACCGAAGACGAUGUCUGUCUCGUCGAGGACUAUCAUGCCGGCGUGUACGGCGUCCCCGACAAGCAGACCUGGGAGGCCAUCGAGUAUGCCGCCCGCAUGGAGGCCUUCAUCACCGACCCCGUCUACGAGGGUAAGAGUUUCGCCGGCAUGGUCGAUUUGAUCCGCAAGGGCAAGAUCACCGGCAAUGUGCUGUAUGCCCAUCUUGGAGGGCAGUUGGCUUUGAAUGCCUACACUGAUGUCGGCGAGCGGAAGGAGUGAUUGGAUCAAUGUGCUGUGCUAUGCAAAGUGAUGGGGUAACUUAUGACAUUUACAGAGAGCAAUCCAAUGCA